CAGUAACAACAACGCCAGGCGUUGUUGGAUUCUAUCAAAGCCCAAAUCAUCCACAGCAGACGCAGGCAAACAGUUGUUGAGUUGCCUUCGCUCAGGGCACACACAUCGAGAGCAAAUUUAUUCAGUUCGCAUAGCUUUUACAAAAGUGUUCUUGUUUACCAUUCUACUAUUGUUGUCGUCGGUGGCUUUUAAAGCUGACAGCAGUGGACAAUUUAUAAUCGGCAGUCGUUUGUUUUUGAAAAAAAAAAUCAAGAAAAUUACAAAGUAAACGUGUUCUUAAAUUAAUUCAAGAAAAUAUUUGAAAAAAAAAGAAAAGAAAUUUAGAUAGAAUUCUGUGUGAUAUACCUACCCAAUUUAUGUUAUUGUUUUUCCAUCUGCCAUCGGUGGAUACGAAAAAAGUUUCUGUUAAAGGACAUUGAAAGCUUUCUGCAUUUUCUCUCUCUCUCUGUAUGCGUGUGUGCGAGUGUUGAUUGUGUGUACAACAAUAUGCGUGUCUAAAGGAUACACGGAAAGCUUUUCAUUGAGACUUACGAUGUCAAAGUGAUAACAGUUGAUGAAAUCAACUAAAAAAAACACAAAGAAAACAAAAACAGAAAACCUCAAGCAUUGAGCAUAAAUUGUGUACACGCUUAAGAAGAAAGAUGAACAAAAUUAUAUAAAAGUGCAAGUGAAAAUUAGUCAACAAAAGAAUACUAGAUAUAUAUUUUUUAACAGAGCAAACGGCAACAUUUACCUACCUAGAAGUGAUUUUUUAAAAAAUAAUUACAAUCCCAACGUUAAGCAUUUUAGUUUUUAUAAAGAAUACAUUUAUUUUUGAUAUAAAUAUCUAUCAGUUGAUUAAGUGACAACAACAGCUACAAUAUGGGAACCAUGCCUACUUUGGAUCAAAUUAAAUUGGGCCUAAAAAUGGUCGACUUCAAAGUUCAACAGCGUCGCUAUCGCAGCAAAGAAAAGACAAUUGUUUCCACCAUUUAUGGGCCAGUUAAGGGAGUAAAACGCAAAUCGAUUUAUGGUGAUGCCUAUUUCUCCUUUGAAAAGAUACCCUUUGCCAAACCACCAUUGGGUGAGUUGCGUUAUAAGGCACCCCAGCCACCAGAGCCCUGGACUGAGGUGCGCAGCUGUACCUCUACGGGACCCAAGCCAUUGCAAAAGCAUUUUGUUUUUCAAAUGACAGAUGGUUCGGAGGAUUGCCUAUAUCUUAAUGUGUACACUAAAAAUCUUGAACCCAUAAAACCCAUGCCGGUCAUGGUGUGGAUUUACGGUGGUGGCUUUCAAUUCGGCGAGGCUUCACGCGAUCUCUACAGUCCAGAUUAUUUGUUGCGCGAAGAUGUUGUUAUCAUUUCCAUCACCUAUAGAGUUGGACCCUUUGGUUUCCUCUGCAUGCAGGAGCCGGAAUUUGAUGUGCCCGGCAAUGCAGGCCUCAAGGAUCAAGUAAUGGCUCUGCGAUGGGUCAAGGCCAACUGCUUACGUUUCGGUGGUGAUCCAAAUAAUAUUACCCUGUUUGGUGAUAGUGCUGGUGGUGCCUCGGUCCAUUACAUGAUGUUGACGGAACAGACCAGAGGCCUCUUCCACAAGGCCAUAUGUAUGUCGGGUACGGUCUUGUCCCCAUGGGCUCAGACACCCCAACGUAAUUGGCCAUAUCGUUUGGCUGUAACCGCUGGCUAUACGGGAGAAAACAAUGAAAAAGACGUUUUUGAAUUCUUGAAAAAUGCCAAGGGUGCCGACAUUGUCAAGGCCAAUGAAGACUUGUGUACUGAUGAGGAGAAACGGGAACGUAUUGGAUUCUCUUUCGGUCCGGUUAUUGAACCCUAUGUCACUGAUCAUUGUGUAGUGCCCACCAAGCCCAUUGAAAUGAUGCGCAAUGCUUGGAGUAAUAAUAUCCCCAUGAUUAUUGGUGGUGUUUCCAAUGAGGGUCUGCUACUCUAUGCCGAUACCAAAAAUAAGCCGAAAUUGCUAAAUGAACUUAACGAUUGCCGUUAUGUUGUGCCCCUGGAAUUGAAUAUGGAUCGGGAUAGUGAGUUGUGCAAGGAAUAUGGCUAUCAGCUGCGCACAACAUAUUAUGGUGAUAAUUUUCCAAGUAUUGAAACCCUACAUGAAUAUUUAUUGAUGGUCUCGCACGAAUACUUUUGGUUUCCCAUCUAUCGUACCGUACUCUCUCGUAUGGAACAUGCCAAAGCUCCCACCUAUUUGUAUCGUUUCGAUUUCGAUUCGAAACACUUCAAUCAUUUGCGCAUCAUCAGCUGUGGCAAAAAGGUACGCGGCACCUGUCACGGCGACGAUCUGUCCUAUCUCUUCUACAACUCGGUAGCGCGUAAACUUAAGAAACACACCAAAGAGUACAAAUGCAUCGAACGUUUGGUUGGCAUGUGGACCCAUUUUGCUGCCCAUGGUGAUCCCAACUAUGAUCCCGAUCAUCCGGACAUCUGGAAGCCGGUGUCGGAGGCAGCUGUGGAGAAACGCCAAUUACAGUGCCUUAAUAUAACGGAUGAAUUGAAGGUUAUAGAUGUGCCCGAUAUCAAGAAGUUAAUGGUAUGGGAAAGUUUUUACACACGCAACGAAUUGCUAUGAAGCUUUUAAGGUGAACACACGCACAAACAUUGUUUUUUGGUAGAAUUUUGGUUUUUUUUUUUCGUUUGCUGGCAUCGGGUUGAAUAAUUUUCGUUCAGCCAAAGAGAAGGCAAACACACCAAAAAAAAAAACCUUAAGAGUCCUUAGUUUUGUAUUGUUAAGGGUAUGUAAAAAAAGCUCCUUUUGCGGUUAGUUAAACAUAGAAGCUUGAAAAGCUUUUAAGGAGUUUAUUUUCGUUUGGCACAUAGGCUGAUUACUGUAGAGCAUUCGCUUAGCUAGCUUUAUACAAAAAUAAAAGAAAUAAAAAAUACUUAGGGCUUCCUUGCCCCAGCCUUUCCUCAAACUUCCAUCCCUUCUCCCCCAGUACGAAAUUGAAAUGACAACUUAUUUCUUUUUUUAAGUUAGUUUUUUAAAACUUUUAACCAAAUUAUAGUAGUAUAUAGUUUGUUGGUCUGUAAGAGUAAAGCUUUCUUUUGGGGAAAUAUGCCCCCCUUAAAGUUAUGUUAUUUAUUUUUCUUAUUUUUCCUUGUUUUGGCGUUUAAGGCCAGUUUUUUGUAGCGCCAGAGAUAAGGCCACAACUUUGAGAGAUUUCAAAGCUUUGUGCCUUUAUCCCCCCGUUUUUGUUUUUAUUUUCCAAAGUUUAUGCUUUUUCUCUAGACUCGACAAAGUUAGUGGAUAAGUUUUGUGACAAGUCUCGUUUGUGAUUUAUGAUUAAAUUAAGCCCAAAUAAAAACAAAAUGGAAAAAACAUGAAAAGCUUUCUGGUUAUAUACUAACCACAAAACUCUAUCCAAUUAAAGGAUUAAAAGUUACUAUUCUAACUUAUAAGCGUAGCAUAGAAAUGAGAUUCAGUAAAAACAAAAGAAAACAGAGUACAUUUUAUUCACUUUGAAAAAAAAAAGAAUUAUGAAAAUAUAAAAAACAAGAAGACGCAACUUAAGUACCUUUCAAACAACAAAAUUAUGAAAAUAUUUUUAAAACUUGAAACGCACAACGGCGUCGUUUCACCCACAAGAAAACCUCAUUAAAAUGACAUUGGUGAUGAUAAAUGCGAUACGACAAAGAACAUUAGAUUUUAAUAUUAAUUCUACAUUUUAGAAUAAGUUACAUAUCUCUUCCGUUCCCAAAAAAAAAAAAAAAAAAAAAAAAACAAAACAAAAAUUCCAAUAUUUUUAACUUAACUUCAAAUGUAAAUUUUUGCAUUUUUUUUUUAUUGGAAAAAAAUACAAAAAAACGAAUGGCUAAAUUUGACAUGUUUUGGUAGGACGAAUGAAAAAAAUCGAUGUUCAAAUUUUUAUCGAUUUUUAAAUUCCUUCGUUUUACGGAAACUUGUCUUUAAUUUUUAUAAUUCUGAAAUUAUUUUAUUUAAAUUAUUAAUUUUUAUUUUAAGAAUCUUCAAUUCGCCACACAUGAAAAUUGUUAACCUCUUAUUAAACUAUUCAUUGACUAGUCUCUAAGAAAACUAAGAAAUUACAAAACAAAAAGAAUUAAACCUCCAAAAUAAAAACCGAAAUAAAUGACCCUCCGUAUUUGAAAAAA